CCCCCUAGAUAAAUACGGGAUCGGGAAGACUGUGCUCUCCCUUCAGCCCAGUCUUGUUUUUGUCGCAGUGUUUCCUCUUAACAUUUCUUUCCUUCUUCUUCUUGGUACUCCCUAUGUCCUCUACACGCCACUCCCACUUGGACGCUCUGAACGACUACCACGUCUUUAAGGAGUACUUCCCUCUGCGGUCUCUCCGGGAUGGCCCUCACUUGCAUGGCCGCUGGCUUGACACCCCAGUCAAGACCACGAUGACGACGGAUUUGAGGACGGACGACCACUUCCCUUUCCACGAGCAGGACAUCGUCAAGAAAAUCGAAUGGGUACUGGCCCAGCGCGGGGUCUCCUGGGAACAGUACAACCCUGCCUUCCCUCAUCGCAAAGGCCAAAAGCUGGUGUGCCCGAUUCCGGGUUGUCAAGUUGGUGACAGCACUGGCCCGCAGGCGCUCUCGAAACAUCUCAGAACCAUCCCUCACAUGGUCAUUCUAGCGAAGUAUCUAGGUCUAACACCUGACGUAUUCUUUACACGGAGGUUAUGCAAAGGGUGUAAACGAAGCGUUUACAUCCAACGUCAGGAUUCAUGGAUCAGGCACUCGACCAAAUGCAAGGCCAAGCAUGAGUCGGGGAAUACGUCGGGAAGAUAUGCUAGCGGUUCAGCUAGUCCCGGACCCCGCGCUGUACCGUAUUCCCCUGAGGAUCGACCCUUUCAAAAACGUUUCGCGAGGUCUAUGGCCAACACUGAUUCGCAAGUCGAAUCGCAGCACCAGCCUGGUUCUCACGUGUUUCCUCUUGAGUUGGAUGGACGACCAUCCACUCCAGUCUCUCCCCCUCAAUUCUCCGCUGGUUGUUUUGCUCUCGAUCCAUCUAUUGGCACUUACCCCUCACCUUGGGCUGGAACACUCGCACCGCAGACUCCUACAGAGUCCGAGCCCCAGACGCCUCCGGAGUUCGACAACUUGCCACCGGUCUCUAUCCAAACCGCUAACGAUCCUGGUUACUUCCAUCUGGACAACGGCUACUAUACAUCUCAACUUUACUCCAAUGAACUGGCCUUCAUGCGGGACGUUCUGGGGGAGACAUCCGUCGGUGUCGAGUACGUCUCUCAAAACUACGACUCGAACUCCUCUCUCGAAUUCUCCGGAUCGUAUCUUGGUGUUUCCUCCUCUUGGACGACGGCUUAUCCGUUGAACACCUGUCCUACGGAUGCGCUAGGACUUCCUAUUUUGCAUUCAUGCCAUGUGUCUCCUCAGUUUUGUUACGCUUGCUCUUUCUUUCCGCAAGAGUCAUAAGAAGAUUUGGUCCAGUGGGGCUUGGGUGGUCUCUUUAAAUCUAUGUGUCCUGCUAUACGAUAAGUUCGUGGUCGGGUGCGUCGAUCGUAUCUAUCUACCGUUUACUGUAGCAUAUUCCUCCAUCUAUUGGCACUGUAUCGAUACUGCAUUCUUAUACCCUCUAUCAAUCCUUUAUACCCAUUGUCCACAGUUUUAUGUCAUUGUUUCCAUUUCAAUUCUACGCAUUGUGUAUCCUUCCAGUCAGCGUUAGAUACAUUAAGUGUUUGCGUUUGUC